AAAAACAUGCCAAAGUGAGCCGUAGUUUGCAGGAUUUCUGCGGAGUGCUUAGCGUGCCUCACUCUGUCUUAUUAAUCACUGUUUUAGCUGUAAGUUUACCGAGUGGCGAUUUUUACGCGUAGAGCACGGAGCGGCGCAGUUUGGAGUAGAAAAAAAAAAAAGGCUUCAGCCGAUCAACUCAACAUGAGUCGCCCUCCGCACGGUUUUCCUCCUUCACUUGCGGGAAGCGUACACCUGACGCAUCACUCUCUCGUCCUGUGGAACUGAUCUUCCUUUUUUAAUAAAAAAAAAAAAAAAAUCGACUCCCGCUGGGUUAUUUUCCACUCUGCAAAACGAGAGCAUAUGGACCCAGAUGAUGAUCCAUAACGGUAUUCACUGCAAGCCCAGUUUGAGCUGAAACCCUCCGCCAAUUGGAAACCUGUGGAUGAAGACAGUUUAGCGAAUCUGCUCCCAGACGCUGAGAAUAUGGUGAAAGCUCAGCGGAGCCAGACAGUGAAAUGGGUCAAGCCCAAGAAGGAGAGGGGAAGUAAGGAAAAGAAGCAUGCUGUGAAGAAAGGGAAAGGUGGGAAAAAUGAUCUGAAGAGAAAAAAAAAGAGGGACAAGAAAGCCUUGCGCCGAAAUAAAAAGAAGAAACUAGCCGCUAGUGAUGGAGAUGCGUUGGACUGUUGUGUCUUGCUCACCCGUCUGGAGGAGAAAGGGGCUGCUGGUAAAGAAAAGAAUGCACUAAAAGCUGACAAGAAAAAGAGUGCAAAAAUUAAAAAGAAGGUGCACUCCACCCAAAGAGGGACCAAACCCGGACUCAAGAAAACCUCUGCUGCCAAUCAGCAAGCACUGGAACCAAAAACCAACCAAUCUGACGCCUUACUCAUGAUGUCCGCAGCUAGGUUUGAGCCCCGCAGAAGGAGAAUGGCCUCUCUUAAUGCUGAGGCUGUCAACAGCUUGCUGCUCUACAAAGACGACUCACUCAUGACAAAUAACACAAAGAAAUGUCAGCCAUCCAAUGAAGAUCCAGCUAAAGAGCUUAGUAUAACUGAACAUAGAGAUCAUAAAACCAAAAAAGUUUCUUCAGAAGGGAAAGCAGUCCAAAAAGACAGACCGAAAAAACAAAAGCGUUCCACGGCAGAGGCUCAGAACAUCGACUGGUUGAGUUUGUUUGCACCAACACCUCGGCGUCAAGCGGGCCUCACUGCUGCAACACUGCUCAAACUCACAAGUGCCCCCUAUGGGGCCAAACGUCAAAAGAAGACAGAGUCUAAGCCAGAGAGUGGAAGUGCAGCAGCAGCUAUGACUCAGGAUGGAAUUAGCGGUAUGCCUGGAUGCAGAGGAACAACACACACCAAAAGAAGAACACAUCCCCAACACGAGGGCCAACUAAAGCACAGAAAACAAGGCACAGAAGAUCCAGUCCAUUCCCAGGUGAGCCCUACUAUCCAGGAUUGCUGCAGUUUGUGUAAGACAGAGACUUUGGAUCCGGAGUGGAAGGGUGCCACAGGGGGGCAGGAGUGUCUCAAACAUGCUCUCCAUUGUGGCUCUUCUCUGGGAUUCUCCUUAAAAACAAUCAAAGAGGAGCAGGUGGAGACGGAGGUGUCUUCAUGUUACUGCUGCUCCCAGGAGAGAUGUGUCGAGUACUGUCACAGACUGGCCCUCUUCCUGGAGGACAAGACCUUCAAAGAACCAGAGGACAGCUCACUGUCUGAGGUGUUCCACCACCACCAUCACCAUCACCACCACCAUCACCACCACCAUCUUCAGACGUCCCAUUCUGUAGGCCACCCAGCAGCCAUAACCAUCAGCCCACACACGUACACCUGUUUUCCAGGCUACUAUGUCCAUUUCAGCCACCCAGACAACUCCCCCUCCACCAUAUCACCCCUUGCUUUAUGCCCAAGCAGCAGUAAGAGGCCGAAGCUGCUCCCCAGCACAGGUCCGCAACCCUCAGGGAUUAGCCAUCCAGUGUACUGCUGCACCUCAGUGAAACCGUGCUACGGAGAGCCCCGCAGGAUCAACGGCUACUCUCCUUAUACCAGUGUGAUUCCAGCCAUUAACAGAGGAGGGUGCUCCUUCAGUCCCGCAGACUGCAUCCAAUGUAACCAUGGCAUAAAAAGAGAUGACUACCCAGCAACCCUCAAUGACCACCACAGCCCCUCCUCUAUCCCCAUUUGUCCCAGCCCUCGAAUCCUUACUGGUUGCCCCAUUCCCACUGUGCCUCCAGCCGGCCAAUCAGUGCCCCACAUUCAGACUCCGCUGUCCGACCCCAGCCAACCGCAGCCUCCGCUGAAGGUGGCAAAGGAGUGUCCGCAGAGUGCCAAGCAGCCCAGCGGGUCAAGGUCUGGUGCGCGCGGCACCGGCAGCAUCAGCUCGGCUGUCUGCCCUCUCAACAGGAACAAGAAACAGAAGCUCAGCUCUGCCAGCGUCGGAGGGCAAACGGUUGCCAAGCAGCUGAAGAAUGGCCGCCAAAAAUCCACCAACGGCUGGAGGCCAUUUGGCCUGCCCUUUGAGAAGGAGGUUUUCUCUGUGGGAGAGGACACUCUGGUGCUGAGGAAGUGCUUUGAGGGAGUCCACCGGGACGGGGAGUUGAUUAGAGUCAGAGACACUGUUCUGCUGAAGUCUGGACCUAGAAAAAAGUCUCUGCCUUACGUGGCCAAGGUCUCAGCUCUGUGGGAAGAUCCAGAGUCAGGAGAGCUGAUGAUGAGUUUGUUUUGGUACUACCGUCCAGAACACACACAGGGGGGAUGCAUCCCCAGCCUACAUUGUGAGAAUGAGAUCUUUGCAUCUCGUCACCAGGAUGUGAACAGUGUGGCCUGUAUUGAAGACAAAUGCUAUGUCCUAACAUUGGCGCAGUAUUGUCGAUUUUGUGCCUUGGUAAAACGCCGUAGAGAAGGCGUAAGCGACAGUGCCGCCUCCCUUGUGGUGCCCCCUGUUGUUGGCAACGCCAUGCCCACCCACCACUGUGUGCCCAAUGACAUUGACCCAGAGUUGGUGUUUUUCUGUCGACACGUCUACGACUUCCGCUAUGGGCGCCUCCUCAAGAACCUGCAGUAGUGUCUGACGAGGCAUGACGUAACAUUACCCUGGUUUCAUCUGCCACCAAUUCUAAUUAGCCACCUGCUGCCUCUGUGAGAGAGGAACUGGAGUUUAGGACGAAGAGUAGAGAGUGUAUUUUCUUUUUAAUCUCUCAUUCAUGCUUACAUGUCACACAUUUAUUAAGUAAAGUAAUGAUCUGACAUAAUGUAGAAGAGUUACUAUGGCAGUGUAAAUGGUCUUUUAUCAUACAUGGCUCUCUGGUGUUGUAGCAGCUGUGUGAAGAACCUGGAACGUACUCUGCUGUAGAAAAUGCUACUGUAGCUCUUAGAAAUGUGAAACUUGAUAGAUUGCUGAGAAUUUGAUGUUUCAUGUGAAUAAUGCUACUAUCUGCCUGACAGACAACAGAUAAAGUAUCUUGAUAUGCCAUCGAUAAUAAAAAUAUGUGGCAUAUUGUUCUACACCAGAUGGUGUGGCAGAAGGCUUAAUCACAUUUUUUUUUUUUGUCAGUUUAUUGCUGAUGCUUUCAGCUGCACAGUGUCCAUUUGAUAGUAAAAACAGAGCUUUCUACUGAUGCUACAUAUGGAAGUUUUACUGUAGAGGCCUAGAGCAUGCAGCUGGAUUCAGGCUGUUCUAAAAGGUAGUUGUAGUUUGGAAAAUGUGCUUGCUCUCAUUUAAAGUGAAUGAUAAGAAGGAAUUAGUCUCAUGUCUGUAUAAUCAGUAUGAAAUUAUCACCAGCAGCUGGUUAAUAUAGCUUAGCAUAAAGACUGGAAAACAGCCCAUUUCCAGGCUCAGCCAGUCUAACUUUGACUCUGGGAGCAAUGGCCAGUUAUUCCAGGUAUAAAUAGCAGCUGGUUGGGGCAAGACUUUCUGAUCUGUCCGUUAUUGCAUACGUCUGCAGAUUAUUUUUAAAGAAGCUAAGUCUUACAGUUGCAUUUCAGGAAAUUGAAUCCCUUUUUUUUCCCCUCUCUACAAAGACUACUUCCAUGCAUGCAGCCAAAGCCUGUUCAAAUAUGAUUGGUUGAUAGAUCUUGGGCAACAAGCAGACUACAAAUAUCUGCAUUCAUAUCUGUUUACAGAGAUUGUGCUAAGCUAAGCUUAAUUAGCUGCUGGCUGUAGCUCUGCUUAAAAAAUAUACAGACAGUGUUCUCAUCUAAAUCUCAGUUAGCAAGCAUUUAAGCAAGUUUCCCAGAUAUCAAACAUUUCCAUUUUUCAUCUAAUUGUGCCUGAUUUUGGAGGUCUUUGCAGUACAGCCCAAAGAUAGCUGUGAAAAACAUUUUUGAUCAAAUGGUUUGAUGAGAUCUAAUUUAGCUUCAUUAACAGUGAUCAAGUGCAUCCAGAGCAAGCAAUUAAAUAUUUUUUUGGCUGCAUCCCUUGAGUUUUUGCAGAUUUUACAUCAUAUCUGUAACCGAAAUUCCCACUAGUGAUGAUUUUCACACUGUAGGACAGAUCUUCUCUUUAAAAAAAAAAAAAAAGCACGGUUUAGUUCGCUUGCUUUCAGAGCGUGAGGACGAGCCAAGCAUUAAAGGGGAUUUUUGUUAUGCCAAUGCCGAGGAAUAUUUUACUUUUUCAAAGCUGUUUGCCAGAGGUGUGAUUCGACUCCGGUCUCAGCGUACUGUAUAUUUGCAUUUAAAUAUCUGGAUGGGUGUCUGUUUAUGGCAGAUGGCAUCAGUUAGUCAUGUAUAUUCUUGUUUCUCCACUGAUGAACUGGUGAAUAAUGUAGUCAGUGUAGCAUUUAGAUCUGUGAUGAUGAUGAUUCGUUCCUAUGUUUGAGAAAAGAUAUGUAUUUAUUUCUGUACUGAGAAAAUCUAUAAUUUAUUUUCAAAAGAUAAUUUUAAAGAAUAGAGUUUUAGUAGAGUGGCUUUCAUUCCUGAUUAGAAAGGAGGCCGAAGACGUCUCACCUUAGCUACACUGUCUAAGUCUUUGCAGCAGUAUUUCUGUGUUUGAGUUCGCUUGCUCAAUACAAGCUCCUGAAAUUUCGCCUUGAGACGUUGAAGUAAGCAGUAAGCAGAUUUGAGGGAACAUAUGGAGUAUUUGGAAGGAUCUCAGAUGUGGUUUGAAGGACAUGUGCUAACAUGUGACCAGAGAUGCUAAACCUGCAGGACCAAAAUGUACCCUGGCCUUCUCCAGCUUCCUGUCAUCCUCUUUCUCAUUUCCCCUGAGAUGAUGAAACUCUGCCUCUUCACCUUUAAAUGCCGAAUGCUACACUGAUUUAAACUUACCAUUAGCCUGUGCCCUUGAUCUUUGCUGCCUUAUAGAACAUUCCCAGCCUUUCAUUUAGUAACGUGUAUUGAUCUCAGGCUGGGGUUAUGAAGCUUGUAAGUGCGCCGACCUUGAUUCCUAGAUGCUUGACAUGUAUUUCAGUGUUUCUCGUGAUCUUAUGUGAUCUGAAAGGCAAAACUUCAUUUUAAUCAACACCUUUAUUGAGAGUUAUGUUUUAUAUCAAAACACCUAACAAGUUAAAACUAGAUGAGUGGGGGUUUUUUUCUGAUUCUUUUUUGGGGGGGAAACUGUUUUACAAAGCGUUAUAUGACAAUACUGACAAUGUUUUUAUAUCAGAACUCUAAAUAUUAAUCAGGAGCUAGUUAGCCUAGCUACCUAUAAUAUUUAGAAAUGGGGGGACAAUAGAAAACAAGAUACACCUGCAUCAUCUGUGAGCUUGCUAAGUAACAUUGCAUAUGUCUUUUGUUUAGUCUGUAUUAAUCAGAGUGUUAUAGAAAAUUUCCUGUUGGCAGAUUUUUUUGUUUUUGUUUUUUAUGCUAUGCUAAGCUAGGCUAAUCAGCGGGUUCUAGAGUAAUUUUUUGCAUCCAGACUUUUGACCUGGACGCUUGAACCAUGGAAGCUUGUUUAUAUCACUGAAAAAAACAUUCACCAUCUAUAAGUCAAAAUUUGGGGGUAUUAUCUAUAAAUUUUGAGAAAAUAACCUAAAAUUGUAACUUAUGGAUAGCAAAAAAAUAAAAUUUUAAAAAUCAAUGGCGGACACAGGCUUCCAUACCAUUCUCAUGUAAGUCUGCACAAGAAAGCUUUGUUCACAAAAUCUAAAAUCAGCAGGGGCCAAGCAGCAAAGCAAAAUUUGCCACUGAUCAUUCAAGUUUCAUAUCUCAGUCAUUAAUGGACUGAAGUUGGUGGUCUAUUUGUAUGUCACAUGUGAAACAUAUGCCUGAUUUUAAGAUUUAGAGUCUUUAUGAAAAGCAUAUCUUAAAAUUAUCUAUCAGUGCAAUGCUUGGUAUGUGGAUUUGGGACCCCAUUUGGAGGAAGCAGAAAAAGUUUGUGGCCUUUCAUCACUAGAGGCUCUCUAAUAAAUACAUUUUUCCUUCUUUCUGUGGUCUGUCCCAAGGCCAACCACCAUACUGGAAUUUAUUUCCCAGUCACAAAUUCUUUGCAGUCCUAUCCAAAAUUGGCACAGUCAAUCUUCAGACCAAAAAAAAAAAAAAAAAAA